AUGAAACGAACUAAUAAUAAGAACGAUAAUGAUAAUACAGCAGAAUCCCUCCUCCGCUCCCGCCAGGAAAUCACCACUCAGCUGUACGACCACGACCCGCACAACCCCUUCCUUCAUCUCCAGCGGGGCCAUGUCCACGAGCGUCUGGGCUUUCCGGACCUGGCGGCUGCAGAUGCCUAUCGGGCGCUGAUCUUGCUAGAGUCGGUGAUUGAUCCUGAGGGGAGUGAGUUUGUUGCGAGGAGGAGGAGGAGGAGGAGGAGGAGGAGGAGGAGGAAUACACCUCUUGGUGAUAUUGAUGAUGGUGGGGGCGGGGAAGAAGAGCAACAAGAACCAGAACAAGAGAAUGGUGUUGAUGAUGACGACGACGACAACUUCAUCGCCAUAUCUCGCGACGAAUACGAUGCUCAUAUCGGCGAGGUUUAUCUCCUUCUGGUGCGCAGUCUGCUUCGGUGUGGCUGUUUGCGCGACGCCUACGAGUUUUGUGCACGUGGGAUUGAGCAUCUCCGUUCUCUUCAUGAAUCUCACACACCACAGCAGCAGCAGAAUGAUGGAAAUGGGGAGAAUAGGAGUGGAAAUGGGCUGAUGUCGAAAGCUGACGAUGCGGUCUCCCGCUUGGAGACGCAGAUGCAGGAGAUUAAACGGUUGCAUUUGCGUCGGCAGCGAAAGCAGCAGCAGAAGGAUCAGCAGCAGGAGGAGGAUGAUGACUUCAACCCCCACACUCUCAACGCCCAAGGCUUGGCUCGCAGAGUCCUGUAUCCCUGGAAUUCGUACGAGCCCGAUCGCCAGUCUCCAGAGACACUGCGGCUGCUGAACGAGAAGUUGAAGCAAGUUGCGCCAAAAUGUGAGGUCAGGGCUGUUGCGCUGCCGGUGCUGCAUGAUGCUGGAAGCAGUCAAUCUGCUGCUGCUGGCAGUAUUACAGGCGAUAAUAACGACAAUGCACAAGGCAAGGUCUCCAUCCAGCUUGGGCUCUUCGCCAAAGAAGACAUCCAGCCCGGCGAGGUCCUCCUUCGGGAACUGUCGCUGCUGACGGCGACGAACCGGCUGCACGACGAUCUGUGCGACGCGUGCAAUGCUCCUCUGCCGGAGCUAGACGCUGCCCCGUCAGCAGCCGGGGCAGUGGCCUGCCAGGACUGCGACGACACCGUCUUCUGCAGCCAUGCGUGCCACGACCGCGCGCAGGAGGUCUACCACCGCGCUGUCUGCGGGCACGACGGCCUCGAGUCCAUCGGCAAGGACGUGCCCGAUCCCAAGGACAAGGCGGACUAUCUGUACCUUUUGCUGCUGGGGCGGGCCAUAGCCAUGGCCACGACGCAGGACGUCCAUCCGCUCGACCUGCCCGAAGUGAAGUACAUCUGGGGUGAUUUCCACGAGUACAAGCUAGACGAGUACGUCGCGGAGGCAGACGCAGACCCAGACUCAGACCCAGACGAGGAUCUGAAUCCAGACGACGAUGCCACAGCCUCCCUCCCCUUCUCCUUCCAGCUAAACAUCCUCCAACCAACCCGCUUUCUCGAGGAGAUGGGUCUCGACCCGUUCGCGUGCUUGUCGCGCUUCGACACGUGGGUUCUCAACACGCUGUAUGCCAAAUUCCGGGGCACGGCGUCCGGGCGCCUCUCGACGUGGGACGGCGGGCCAGAGGUAUGCGCCGUGCAUCCGCUAUGGUGUCUGGCGAACCACUCGUGCGAUCCGAACGUGCGGUGGGAAUGGGGCGGGGAGAUAUGUUUUGUUGCGAGGAGGGAGGAGGAGAGGGCUGUUUGGAGGGGGAAAGAGACCCAGACAAGGGAUACUGCUGGUGGUGGUGGAAUAAAGAAAGAUGAGGAGAUCCUCAAUCACUACUGCGAUAUUAACCUCGAUGUUAGGCAGAGGAGGGAGUGGGCUAGGGGUGCCCUGGGAGGGAUGUGUCGCUGUCCGAGGUAUAAAGAAAAGACUGUCUGUUCAGUCAGAGAAGAAGGAGAAGAAACAGCAGCACAGGAUACAUGUGGAAUGCAAACAUGCUCAGAUGCAGAUGCAAUGCAGACGGAUCGUUUUGUUUCACUUUUCCCUCCCUGA